UUCCAGAAAGUCCUCCACUGAAAGUCAAAGUGACUGCAGGAAGCUCGUCAUCGUUAUCUGUAACGUGGGAUCCUCCUGAAAAAGACAAAAGAAAUGGCAUUAUCGUCAGUUAUACUGUAUGUAUCUCACAUCAAGAAUGUAAACCUUGCUUUAGGGAAUAUACUACAAAGGAAAAGAUGAUAGUCAUCAAGAAUUUGAUUGACUCAACCAAAUAUUAUGUUCGUGUUCUUGCAACUACCAAAGCUGGUCGUGGACCCUAUAGUGAAAGUAAAGGGAAAUUUACGUAUGGAAGUAAGUGUAAAGUGUCGCCUUGCAUUUAGACGCAAUGCAAUCUUUAUAAAUCUGAGGCUUGUAGUUUUAUCAUGUUUACCCAAAUGUACAUAUUUUCUUACAGAACAUCAAAAUGGAACAGCAUAUGCUCUGACUUUCUCCUUGCAGAUUUCUUCACGAAAUUUCACGUAAGUUGGCAAAACGUUUGAAAAACCACACAGAAAUAUUGCAUCUCGAGAUAACGACCUGCACAGGACGUUAAGGCUGUACUGUGAAUUUACCGUGCGUAUUUUAUCAUAUAGAAAUUUAUUUGUAGGCAUUUUUACGUCGUGGCAUUGACAUUAAAAGACGGACAGGGAGGUCAAUCGCCAGAUAGUUAUGAAAACAACGACUUAAUGACGUACGCUGAGGCAAGAAAAUCAACCGACCCGAAACCUUAUAUCGCUGCAGUAGUAACAUCAAAGGAUGAAAACAUGUUUAAACUUGGUGAUGGCAGAAAUACAAGUAAUCCAACAUCACGAAGAUGCAGUUCAACCCCAAUGGUCCGUUGGAACCUGGCACUAGUUACAGUAUUUUUCAAAGGAUUUUUAUUAAUAACAAGGUACGGUAUUUGUUGGUUAUCACAUUUUAGAAGUAAAGAUUUCCUUGUUUAAAGCUAUCAAAAUUUCUGUGAUCACAGUAGAAAAUUUGCGUAAGUUUUGAAGGAUUUGUAAGAAAUGUUUAAAGGGAACUGUCUCACUGUUAAACACGUAUUUUUAUUUACUCUAUAAGUCUACAUUCAAUUCUGAACAUUAUUUUUAACUUGACAGACAAAUAUACUAUCACUUUCUUUACUACAGGGUGACUAUUACUCGACAGAUUGGAGUCCUGCUUCAAAAACGAGCGAAUAUUCAGGUGCGUCAUUUAAGAAAAUUCUACUGAUACUUGUGUUAGAUAUCUGCUGUUAUCCUAACGAAAUAUACUACUUUUACAGGAAUUGAAAAGUGAAUUGAUGGAGACAGUAUAUUAUUACAAUCUUUAAAUGAUUUUGUAUAUUUUUGUUUCCAGGUGGCGCUCGUGUAUUGACCAAGCAAUCCAGUGGUGACAUAAAGGCAAAGGAAGGUAAUCUUAUCAACCUACUGUGUUCUGCUCAAGGUGAACCUCCAAUUACUUUCAGCUGGGGAAAAGACCAGAACCCACUGAACAGUUUAAUGGAAAUAGAAAAGCCUCAUAGCAGUUCUUUACUUGUUGUAACAGUGAAAGAUCAAACAAGUUUUGGAAAAUAUAUUUGUCACAUCCGAGAUCGAUUUCAAAGCACUACUCAUACAAUUUCGAUCCGAAAAGAUACAUGUAAUACUGCAUUUGAAUUAUUCAACCUUUAUAUAAAACAAAACCUAAUCAGAACAGAAUCCGUUUCUGUUUUAAAUGAGUUAUCUUGA